AUGCGCUACAAAAGUGAUCCGUUUUCCAUGGAGGAUGUUAUAUUUUUGCAAAUGUUCCGGUUUCCAAAAUCCCUAUGUCGAGCGUUGAUACAAGAAUUGGAACCGAAUGAUGUUCAGAAGUCCGAUAUGCCCUUUACUCUUCGCUUCCUUGCUUGCUUGUAUUUCUACUCGCAUGGGUCUUAUCAAAAAUGUGUUGGGAAUAGCUAUUCCAUUUCAAUGAGCCAGGCAUCGGUUUCCUGCGCUCUGCACUUCAUAUCGAAGAUAAUCGUGGAUGUUAAGGCGGGUGAAGUGCGUUUUCCAUCAACUCUACAAGAGGUGGCAGAAGUUCUAUACAAAUUUGGAAUAAAGGGUACAAUCGGAGCAGUCGAUGGCACACACAUUGGGAUUAUAUCACCAACGACCACAGACGCCAGAACUCCCGUUUCUCUCUUUAUGAAUAGGAAGGGGUUUUAUAGCAUAAAUGUUGAGGCAGUCUGGGACCAUCGACUCGUGUUUACUGUAGUCAAUGCGAGAUAUCCAGGCUCUUGUCACGAUUCUGGCAUCUGGACCACAUCCCCAACACGAAUGCAUUUGAUGAGAAAUUACAGCACACAAAGUGAUUCGUGGCUGUUAGGCGAUCAGGGGUAUCCUUUGGAGCCUUGGCUUUUAACACCUGUGGCAGAGUCCUCACACUGUAGGGAAAUUAAGUACAACAAGAUGCACGCUAAAGCACGCAAUACCAUCGAAAGAGCUUUCGGUGUUUUGAAGUCGCGAUUUCGAUGCCUGUCGAAACACCGCAUAUUGAAUUAUAGCCCCGAAAGAGCUGCGACUAUUAUAUACGCUUGUACGAUUCUCCACAAUAUUCUUUUGAAGAAUGGCGUGGCUGCCGACCUUGGAUUCGAAGAAGUUGUAGAACUGGAAGAUUCCGAAGUUGUGAUCGAAGGUGUAGAAAAUUCAAAUGCAAGCGAGGGUGCAAGAUGGUCGAAAAAAUGA